UUCUUUAAUGACCCUUGAAAGAUUAUUAUGCUUGUUGCGACAGGAUUUAUACAUAAGCAGAUAUAUUAAAAUUGCAUUAGAUUAAGGCCAUUUAAUUCAAACUAAUAUGAAAUAGGAGAGGCUAUUUUGUUUUACUGCAGACAAGUAUUCCAGCUUAUUGGCUCAGACUGAACUGUUUUUUACAGGUGCCAGCCUGUUAAGAAAUGAAUGAACUGAAGUCUAAAUUCCAGUGUACCCCACCAGCAACCUUACAAAUUCCUGCAGAAGUUGCAACCUCCAGGUUCUACACUUCACUCGCUGAUGACUUUGAUGUACAAAUAGCCAACCUGGUGGAAGUGUUUUUGGUUGAAAUUUAUAGGUGCAAGGUAUGCCAGUUUACUAGCAGUCUGAAAAAUAAAAUGUGUCUUCACGUGUCUGAUGUUCACCAGCUAGACCAACUAAACUUCCUGUCUAGAGACUUGGAAAUAAACACUGAUCAAGAAGAAAAUGAUUCUUAUGGCAUUGGAGAGGAUAUUACUCAAGAAAACAAAGAGAAUGAGGAGAACCUGGAAAAAAUGCCCUUCUUGUUGCCUGUCUAUAGAAUGCUGAACACAAUGAGCCCAGAUUCAUGUGAUAUGAGCAUUGGCGAUCAGUGUGACAAUGCAAACUUGACCAAUACAAGUGAAGUGAAUUCACUCUUUGGAGAGGAGCCCUCUCCUUUCCAGCUAGACGAGUCUGCUACUGUGGGAUCAGUUCCUCCUUCCGAUACUACAAACUCUCCAACAUCCAGAAAAAGUAAAGACGAGGAAGAUGCUCAGUGUGAGCAUCUCUUGUCACUUGGCCUUUGCAGAAUCUCCAAUAUCAAGACACAUUCUUCAUCAUCUGGAACAGAGGCCUCAAAAAUCAGACUGAAAAGGAGACACAGUAAAGUUACAAAAGAUGAAGAUUUUGCCCAAAUAGGAAGGAGUAUGGAAAAAGGCAUUAAUGACAAAAAAGGGUAUUUGUGUGGAAUUUGUCUGCUACAGCUAAAAUCAAAAGACUGUUACAGAGUGCAUAUGCAGUGUCACAGAAAGGAAGGAGGUUUUAACUGUUUGCAUUGUAACUGCUAUAUAUUGGAAUGGAGUGCAAUGGAAAAGCACUUAAACACUCACAAGAGUAUAAAAAUGAGUUAUAAUUGCCAGGUGUGCAAGAAACAUUUUUUGAAACGCAGAACCUGGAAAGCACAUAUGAGAAUCCAUAACACAAAAAAGGAUGCCUUCUUCUGCACAAAAUGCCCUUCCUCUUUUGAAACAGAACAUAUCAGAAAUUUGCACCUGAGUUGCCAUCAUGAAGAUGGGUUUAAAUGUUGGCAAUGUGGAUUUGUUGAUCAUGAAUGGAGCAACAUCUAUAAACAUCUGUGCGUUCAUGACAGCAGUCUUCAGCCCUAUUUAUGUAGUACGUGCAACCAAAGAUUUUACAGAGAGGCACAGCUAAAAGCACACUUGGCCAAACAUAAAAAACGUGGGUCUGUCUCAUGCCCACUUUGUGAGCAAACAUUUACGAGCAACUAUCAAAUGAACAGACAUCAAAAACAUGUCCAUCACAAACAGAAGACCAGAGAAAGUGUUAAGAAAAAGAAAACAGAAGAUCACAUAGUUGCUGUUGAGGCCAGUGUUUCUGCCAAGCCACUGAAAAUUCCAGUCAGAGAAUUCACCUGUAAUAUUUGCAGCAGGAAGUGUUCUUCUAAGCUGGCAUUACAGAGGCACAUGGGAGUGCAUGCUGGAGACAAACCAUUUCAGUGCCAACAAUGCGAGUAUAAAACUAGACUAAAGGCUUCAUUAAUACAGCAUAUGAGGGUUCAUACUGGGGAGAAGCCAUUUAAAUGUAAGUUAUGCUCAUAUGCCUCAAUAGAUGCCAGUUCUUUGCGCCGACAUAUCAGAACCCACACCAGUGAGAAGCCUUAUAAAUGUCAGCAGUGUUCAUAUAGCUGUAUACAGAAGAAAAGUCUUGAUCUGCAUGUUCGGCGUCACCACACAGGGGAGAUGUUUGAGUGCAGCUUUUGCCACUAUUCAUCCCCUGACAAACAGUUACUGCAGAAGCAUACAAAGAAGCAUCAUGUCACAGAGCACUCCAAAAGCAUCAUCAGUAGACUUGCCACCAGCUGACCAUGCCUAUUUUGGUGCACUUUAAAGAAUCUAAUUUUUAAAAAGCAAAUGAGAAACACACAUCCAUGCCACAAAAUCUUGAUACAUAUUAAUUUAAAAACAAAAUGAUGUCCAUAGAAGCAUGGACAUAGGAUGGACUAUGCAUGUGUUCAUUUUCAAACAAGGAAGUUCGCUUUAAUUAUUUCUAGAUGAAAGUAAUUAGAUAAUUUUGCAGUUUUUCUGGUUAUUGAAUUUGUUUUACCUUUUGUCAAAACCUUAAAUGCUGAUUGGUUGCUAUAGCCAUUUGCAUUAGCAACCAGAAAGCAGAAUGAUUGUCAAUCUACAUUUUAUGAUUAUUAUUUUUUAUUUGUUUUAUAAUGACCCUUUCAAAUUGCUCUACCAGUCUGUUUUAAAGAUUUCUGCCUGGUUGCUAUGUUACAUUAGGUUGCAUUACAAUAGGUUGAUAUAUAUUUAUUCAUAUAGCUUUUACUGUGAUAGAUUUAGCCUAAUGGCUGAAAUAUGUUUUUAGCAAACUUCAUUUCUCUUUGGCGGCAAUGUAAGUCAGGCUGUAACCUGCUUUUCCUGACGCAAGCAGACAGCAGCCCAUUAUGCAGCAUUGGUUAAAAGAAUUGCAGAUGGAAGGUCAAGCAAAAAAAACAAAACAUUUUUUUUAAUUAAAAUAGUUAUUCCGUAGAUUCUAGGUAUUGGAAGAAAGGUGUCAGUAUCCCAGCAAUAUACAAUUAUUUUCAGCAGCAAUGUUGGAAAAAAGUAAAAAUAUCUUAUUGAUGCCAGGCAUGCUUUAAUAUAAUUUAAAUAAUUUAAGGAUCUUUUUAAUCCAUAUGUUCAUACUGGAAGAUUAAACACUGAAAAUCAUUUGGUUGGUUGUUAGUGCACAGACGAGUCAUUCAUUUUAUAAGGCAAGCAGGAUAAAAAAGACACACAUUCACAAUUCCCUUUGUAACAUUAAAGGUUAGGUUUAGAAAAUAGAAAUUCCUGUGUAUGUGUUUAAUGCCCCAAGUAUAAAAGCACAUGUAAAAAAAUAACUUUGAAAGUUACCAUCCAGUGUGUUUAAUUACCCAUCCCCAACCCUACUGUAUAUAUUUACUUUCUGUUCUUUGAACAGAACACAGUGUGGAACAAUGUCAUAGGCCUGUUUCCAGACAGGCUUCCUUUAUUGCUGCUUAUUAGUGUGAAAACUGAAUGAAAAGUUUCAAGCA